AUGUCUUCCAGAUAUAGCAACGCCAAGCCGGUUGUCCACCAGGCCCCGGCUUCCAUCAGCAGCGGCUACUCGGCAUCGUCUGCCUCGUACAGCUCUUCCAGGAGCUCAUCCACACCGCGCUCCGUAUCACCGAGCGACGAGGCCUACCUUCGUGUCUACGGCGCCUCCGGGCACCAGUCCUCGAUGAGGCACACCUCCUCAGGCGUCACCGUUAUCAACCGCCAUCAGUCCGGCUACGAGGCCUACGCGCCGACACCAGACUACACCGGCAGCUACUCGCGACGAUGA